AUGGAAUCUUCAUCUCUUAAGGAUAUUGGACAUCUAACUAAGUUCAAUGGAAGCAAUUUUCCCCGUUGGAAGUGUGGUUUGAUAAUUCUGGAACAACAUGGUCUCUUAGACAUCAUUGAUGGAGUGGAACUCAAACCCGCAGAGACUAGAGGAGAAAAUGGUAUAGUCACAAACGCCAAUCUCAUCAAUAAAUGGAAAGAGAAAGAUGUCACUGCAAGGAAUUAUCUCUUCGCUACGACCGAUGACGAACUUCGUGACACCUUGUGCACAUCUCUUACUGCUGCGGAUAUGUACGACAGGAUCAGAAAUCAACAUGCUCGAAAUGCAGCUGACAAUAGGCUCAUCUUACUUCAACAAUUCACUGAGUAUAAAUACAAACAAGGACACAAUAUGACAAGCCAUGUCACUGCUAUUGAACUCCUGUGGUCAAGACUCAAAGAAGUAGGUGAACAAAUACUAGAGACACAAGUAAUGUCGAAAAUUCUGUCCACUCUCCCAUCUACCUAUCGUCAUUUCUACACAACAUGGAACAACUCACCCGAGGAAGGCAGAACUGUCAAGCUACUUCUCGCAAAGCUUCAGGAAGAAGAAGCAAUCUCUCAAGCCUUUACUACGAAUCAAGACGGGAAUGCAUCUCAACAAGGCGGAGCCUAUGCAGCAACUAAUUUUCAAAGCUACAGCCAUCCCAGUCAAUUCGGAAAUCUUCCUCAGGCAGCAUACUUUCCUUAUCAGCAGAUCGGCAGACCUCAACCUUACUUCAUUCCACGCGGAACGAGAAGAGGUGGAUACCCAGGUUUAAGAGGAGGUAGUCGCGGAUUUCGAGGAACGUAUCGAGGACGAGGGAGUUCCACCAUAUCAACAGCAACUUUGUGGUUAUUGCGGUCUUGGUCCACACAAGGUCUCAAACUGUAG